AUGCUGGACCCAGUCUGGGCGUCUCGCGACGCUCGCCGCUCCCACUUUCGCGAAUCUGACUCGCAAUCCCAUCAUGACACGUGUCGCACAUCGGGAACUCGCCUGAGACGGAUGGCGGAAGAGGAGGAGGACACACCAGAGAUUUUUAUCGACCGGGAUCCGAAGACUUUUGGCGUGUUGCUAAAUUUUCUGCGGUCCGGUGUUCUUAAUAUCCCGUCUGGAGUUACCGUUGAUGCGGUGCUUAGCGACGCGGACUAUCUCGGCCUGCUGGACGCUGUUAAGUCCGCGCUCUUGCCGCCUGCUCUGGACGCCAAUGAGAUGCACAAGGUGAGUGGUUUGGAAUUGCCUUGUAACACAGGAGGUAGGAACACAGGUGGUAAGUGUGAUGUUGGGAUUGUAGGCGUCUCGGUGAAGGGAGCGCUCCUGCCACCUGCUCUGGACGCCAAUGAGAUGCACAGGACUUCCGUUCUUCGCCCCAACGUGGGCCCUGCUGACGUGUGCACGGCCCUGGCCGCGCAUGAAGACGGUUCUGUUGACGUGGCACAUGGCGCCCGGGUGACGUGUUAUGACUGGAUGCUGCGCCACACUGCCACCAUCAUCACCGACCUUCCGCAGGUGGACACCAUCUGCCGGUUGUCAGAGUCUCGGAUCAUCGUGGGGGGCGGCAAGGGCUGCUAUCAUCUGCCCAUCUACGAUACACGGGGCUAUGAGAGCAGCAACACCACCCCAAGCGCAUUCGACGAUGGCUAUCUCCCAACACCAGCACUUUCCGCCUCCUAUACCCCCUCCCUUUCCUCCCAUUCCUCGUCCCAUUAUUCCUCUCCCUGUUACUCUUCCCUCUCCCACUAUGGCUCUCCUGCCGCCCUCCCAUCCCUCUCCCCUUCAUCUCUCUCCUCCUACACUCCCUCCCCCUUAACCCUCACCCAACCUCCCCCUUCCUCAUCCAUCUCCCCAAUCAUCCUCCCCCAAUCCGCCUCCCACUACCCAACUCCCACCACCAACCCCCUCUACUCCCCCCCUCUCCAUCCAUCCCUCCUCCCCUCCUCCUCCACAUUCCCCUCCCCUUAUGCCACCUCCCCGUUCCCGCCAACCUGCAAAAUCGGCUCCGUAGCUCUUAGAGGGGCCUCCCACCCAUCAUUCCGCUCCAUUGUUCAAUCUGACCGCUUCUUAUUCGUGGCAAGCCUGAGAAAGACCCUCGGGGUGGAGUGGGGGGUGGGGAAGGCGGUGGGGGUGGUGGAUCGGGGCACGCUGCAGAGCGUGGGGGAGGCGGGGCCGGCGCCCAUCACCACCAGGCGGAUGGGCGGCCCUGACAAGCUACAGUGGCUGUCAUCCCGGAACCUUCUCAUGGUUGCGCGCCGAUACACCCCUAGCGUUCAGGGAGGCUCUGAAGGUCCAUCCUACCUGCGCUUGUGGGACCCGCGCUGCAACCAGCUGGUGUGGGACUGGCGUGAGUUUGACGACCCACAGCCUUCUCUCGUUCCCUCCGACCGCUGGUGUGCUCUCUGCGACGCCACAGCCUGCGAAGACCUGUCCCUGCUCCUCAAAGCCUCCCCUUCUGCUCCAGAUUCCUCCUCCCGCCUCUCUGCUUUCGACCUGAGAAAGUUACCGCUGCCUGCUGGCAAUUCGGCCGGUGCGCUGGGCAGAUGGGCAUCAAUGGAUGAAGAGAAAUUAGGGGGGGCUUUUUCCGUAGGGGGUGGACAGGGUGGGAUAGGGGGAAUUGGGGGAAUGGGGGGAUUUGGAGGGGCGGGAGGAGGGGGUGGAGGAGGAGGUGGGGAUGAUGCGUGGGGAGGGUACUUGAGAGGGGCUUUAACUCCUGGUUCGCUCACUGCUGCGGCUGCGGCUGCAAGGGGGUUUGAACCGCCACCUUUAGAGGGUACAGGAGCACGUAAUACAGGGGAUGAAGUGGCUGCUGGUGUUGAUACUUUGACUUCUGCUGCUGCUGCUGCUGCUGCUGCCACUGGUGCUGGUUCUACUGGUGGUAGUAGCCAUGGCAAUAGCAUUGCUGCUGCCGCCGCUCCUCCUCCCACACGGUUCGAUCCAUAUUCCUUCCGAAAGACCUAUGGGGACACCAUGGGUGAAUAUCAGAGGCGACGGGUAAACUUUGAAGCGCCCCCAGAUCACUGGGUGUACGACAUGGCUUUCGGGGGAAACAGGCUGUUUCUGGCCCGGGACGACCAGAGACCAGGAGGUUCGGGGCUAGGUUCGAUCGAGGUUUGGGAGACCCGAACGAAUCACAGAGUCGGUCCUUGA